UCAUGAAACGAAACACGUUGCAGAGUCUAGUGGAGCAUGCCGCUGCCGUGUAAGAUCGUCCGAAUCACUUUCAGAAUCAGGAGUCGCUCAGGGAAACUGUAAAACCAGUAGAGAAGGAACCCAAGACAGCCAAAUAACAAGGGAGGAGAGGAAGGAACAGAAUUCGGGCUUGAUUCAAUAAUCCAAGGCUUUCUUCAUUUGACUCCUCUUUGAAAAACCUAAUUCCGUAUUUUGAAUUCUUGAUGCUUCGACUUUGAAUCGAGAUCUCAUUCUAGGGCAUUAAAUUUGCAUUUCGAGAGAUCUAACUCUCUCGCCAUAACCAUACCUCUCUUAACAUUCAUGGCGCUUCGAAGAGAAAAGCUUCUGUUCUUGUUAUGUGUUCUGUGCUAUACUGUAAACGUCAUUGCCGGGUAUUCUUUCUGUUUUCUCCCAUCAACAAUGCAUACAUUUGGCACUACUCCUUUGCUUAUUCGACCGGUUGCAGAAAGAGCUACUACGAUGUACUUCAAGUGUCGAAGGGUGCUUCCGACGAGCAGAUAAAGAGGGCUUACAGGAAGCUGGCGUUGAAGUAUCAUCCCGAUAAGAAUCAGGGCAACGAAGAAGCUAAUAAGAGAUUUGCUGAGAUCAACAAUGCGUAUGAAGUAUUGUCGGAUAGCGAGAAGAGAAGUAUUUAUGACAGGUACGGUGAAGAGGGUUUGAAACAGCAUGCUGCUAGUGGGGGCCGAGGCGGUGGCGGAAUGGGAAUGCACUUCCAAGACAUUUUCAGCACUUUCUUUGGUGGAGGUUCAAUGGAGGAGGAAGAGAGAAUUGUAAAAGGUGAUGAUGUCAUUGUUGAAUUGGAUGCAACCCUGGAAGAUUUGUACAUGGGAGGUUCCUUGAAGGCUUGGAGAGAAAAGAAUGUUUUAAAGCCAGCACCUGGGAAGAGGCGUUGUAACUGUAGAAAUGAGGUUUACCACAAGCAAAUUGGUCCUGGAAUGUUUCAACAGAUGACAGAGCAGGUCUGUGAGCAAUGUCCUAAUGUCAAGUAUGAAAGGGAGGGGUAUUUCAUCACUGUUGAUAUUGAGAAAGGCAUGCAAGAUGGGCAGGAAGUGUUAUUUUAUGAAGAUGGAGAGCCGAUGAUUGAUGGCGAAUGUGGAGAUUUAAGAUUCCGCAUCCGUACAGCACCCCAUGAUGUCUUCAGAAGGGAAGGGAAUGACUUGCACGCCACUGUUACUAUAAACCUGGUUCAAGCUCUUGUAGGUUUUGAGAAGACCAUUAAACACCUGGAUGAGCAUAUGGUGGACAUCAGUUCGAAGAAAAUCACGAACCCAAAGGAAGUGAGGAAGUUCAAAGAAGAGGGCAUGCCGUUCCAUAUGAGCACGAAGAAAGGGGACCUUUCCGUAACUUUUGAGGUUUUGUUCCCCACGUCACUUACGGAGGAGCAGAAAACGAAGAUGAAAGCAAUUCUUGGUUAGGAUACAUGAUACAUGCUUUUAGGUAGUUACGGGAAAUUCGUCCAAAAGAAAGGUAGUUACGAGAAAUGUUAGCUGGGGCUUCUUUCUCUGGUUAGUUGACGCGUGGGUGAUGGUUUUCUGUCAUAUAAAUGUUCGUGUUGUAAUCUCGUGGAUCACACGGCCCUUUUAGGCGUGCUAUUUUUUGUCAAGAUAAAAGGAAAGUCCAACCCGAUCCGAAACAAACCAUGGAUCCUUAGCCUUUGUUGUUAGGGUUGAAAUUGUCGUUUAAGCCUAGAAGAGGUAGGGAGUUCCUCUUAGAAAUUGCUGCUUGUGAAGGCCCUAUCUUAUGGUGAGUGAAACAGUAAAGAUCAAAAGCCACGAAUUUGAUUGUUCUUACUGGA